UUUUGAAGUAUACAAGUGUGUAAUAUGUGCACAGAUGUGCUACAAACAUAAUGCUGAAACAAACUCAAUUAAAUAUAAUGAAUGAUGGACAUCUGAGUAAGAACAAAAAAAUCUGGAAAAAUUUAGCAAGUGAGACAACAUCUAUGGAGAAAAGUGGGAUUAAUGUUUCAGGUCACUGAUCCUUCAUCAGAAAUGUGAGAGAUUUUCAGCGAGUGAGUGAAGAGAGGUGCAAGGAAGAACAAAACAGAAUGUCUGUGAUAGUGUGGAAGUCAGAGGAGAUGAAGUAAUAAAAGAGUUUGUGACUCGACAGCCAAGUGUAGUAAUCAAUAUAGUGAAGAAACAAAUGCUGUGUCCAAAUGAGCUGCGAAUUGCCACAUAAAAACCAUUGGAAUGCAACUUGAAGGGAUUAAAAAAAAGACAAAGACCGAUCCAGCAAAAGGAAAAAAAGAGGAAGAAACAAAACCAUAUGGAACGAGAGCUUGAAAGCUACAUUCAAGACAAUAUGAAGAGUGAAAUGGUGCAGAUCCAGCAGAAUGCAGUACAAAACCACACAGCAACCAUGUUAGAAAUUGGAACAAAUCUACUCACUCGGACAGCUGAACAAACCCGUAAAUUAACAGAUGUGGAAGCACAGGUUUUGAAUCAAACAUCUAGACUUGAGCUUCAGCUUUUGGAAAAUUCUCUCUCUACCAAUAAAUUGGAAAAACAAAUAAUGAUCCAAACUAACGAAAUUACUAAACUACAUGAAAAGAAUGGUUUACUGGAACAAAAAGUCUUAGAAAUGGAAGAAAAACAUGCAGCUGAACUUGAAACACUGAAACAAGAAAAACAGCAGCUCCAAGAAUUAGUAACACGACAGAAUUCCAUAAUCGAGGAACUGGAAAAGCAGUUGGUUACAGCAACAUUGAACAACACAGUCAUUCAGAAACAGCAGCUUAACUUGAUGGAAACUGUUCACAAUCUGAUUAACCUCGUAUCCCCUGAUGGUUCCAAAAGCCCAUUUGUAAUCAAAGAGGAACAAAUCCACUUUAAAGAUUGUGCUGAUGCUUACAAAUCAGGACUUCGAGCAAAUGGGAUCUAUACACUUUUUGUAUCAAACACCACUCAACCAAAACAGGCAUUUUGUGACAUGGAAUCCAAUGGAGGAGGAUGGACUAUAAUACAACGUCGUCAAGAUGGCAAAAUGGAUUUUCAACGCACAUGGAAAGAAUACAAAAUGGGAUUUGGUGAUCCUGCUGGAGAAUACUGGUUGGGAAAUGAAUUUACUCAUCAGCUAACUAACCAGAAGACCUAUGUCCUUCGUAUCCAAAUGUGUGACUGGGAAGCGAACAAAGGCUUUUCAUUAUACAACCAAUUCUACUUGGACAGUGAAGCACAGAAGUACAGAAUUCAUCUUAAAGGCUACAGUGGGACAGCUGGCAGGAUAAGCAGCCUCAGCCAUCUUGGGAAUUAUUUUAGCACAAAAGAUUCAGACAAUGACAAAUGCCUUUGCAAAUGUGCACAAAUGGCAUCAGGAGGAUGGUGGUUUGAUGCUUGUGGCCCAUCUAACCUGAAUGGAUUAUACUACUCAGCGGGUCAGAAUACAAAUAGAUUCAAUGGAAUCAAAUGGUACUACUGGAAAGGGUCAGGAUACUCUCUCAAAGCUACAACUAUGAUGAUCAGACCUGCAGAUUUCUGAUUAUAAUUCUUGUACAUAUUUUUGUCAGUUGUAUAAAGAUAUUUCUUUCAGGAAGUCUGUAAAAACAUAAUUCCUACUAUAUUUAAAAUGUCAACUAAUAUGUACACCAUGCAUUAAUAUUUUACAUUGUUUGAAAGUCAAGAAACCAGGUCCCAAUGAACAAAGGAAGGCAAACUUGCCUGUGAAUGGCCUUGCAUAUAUAUUUUAUUGUAGUCAAUUCCUUUUUAUGAAGAAGCAUCAAGUAAACAGAGAUAAACUAAAAUAUAAACCGAAAUUGAACCCCUGCAAGAGAGGUUGAUUCGCUUCUUGGUGACACUACUAAAUGUAGUCAUGUAGGAAAUUAAUUACUUUACAGUUCAGAUGGUAUAUUAAUGAGUAAUGAAUACUUGAACAUCAUGACCACACUUACAUUUCAACAGGUUUCUAUUAUUCUUCAAAGAAAAAAAGAUCUCAAAUCAACAAAAACUGGAAUUAUGAAAGAUCAAAAAUACAAUUAAAAGAACCAUAUUUUUUAAGAUUUAAGGUAUCUUUUAUUUCAAAGUAAUUAUCUUGCUCAGUGAGCUUUUGUUUGAAAUUUGCAAACUUUUCCCCCUCACAGGCCAAAGUAUAUUGCACCAAAUUAAUUUCUUUUGAAUUUUUUUUUACAUUAUCCAACAGAAGCAUAUGUUCCUGAUUUGUUCCAGAAACUUUAAUUCCACAUACAAUUUUAUAUUGUCAUCCAUUAGAAAAGAAAAAUUAAUGAUGCUGUCCCUUUGCAGUGCAAUUUUAACUGGUUAACUGAUGUAUUUAAUAACUUGUUAUGCAUUACAUUCUGAGUUCUUUAAUUUGAAAAGAGCAGAGAUCAAUGAAACACAAGAAAUUGUUGUACUUCUAAACAGUGCCAGGUUAGAGACAGAUUGAAUGGUUAGGAUGUGAAGAUUUUUAGGUGAUAUCUGAACUUAAUUAAAGAACAUUUUUCUGAUUAACUUCUUUUAUGGGUGUUGAAUGAAGAGACUCCCAAAUUAGUAAAAAUACUUCUGAGUGAUUAGGGACUUCAAAAUCAUAAAUGUUCCUAUCAGUUUGGGAAGCUGUGAAUUUAUCAUAUUGACUUCCAUGAUUGAACAGUAUCCUAUGACAAAACCAACUUAGUAGCAAAUACUUGUUCUUCAGAUAUCAUUGAAGAAACCUUCCAUAAUAACUAUGGACGAUAAUUUUGAUCAUUGCUUUUUGAGUCUUGUCCAGAGAGAUAGUUAUUUAACUACAUGGAAAUCAGAGAUAAUGGGGAGAAUCCAGAAAGUUGCCAAGAUCAAAUCAUCCACGUUCUUAUGUAAUGGUGUAACAUGCUUGAGGGACCAUAUGACCUAUUUAUGCUCCUAGUUACACUCCUCUUCAUUGUUUAAUCAA